AUGGAAGUUCGACACAUUCAGGACCCCAGCACGGCCUCCUCUUUUGAAUUGCACUGGGGGUACCCGAGCCGUGUAGUGCCGUGUACGAACGAUCGUGGAUCCUGCGAGUACCUCGAUGUAGUGUACCACUCCCACGACCUCGGUCUCAUCUACACCGGCAUAUUCUGGCUGACAAUCGCCGCCAUCUUGCUUCUUUGGGGUCUCACUAGGCUCUUCCCCCCUUCACCGGCUUCCUCUGCGGUCAAAUAUGACCUUUGCGUGGAGGAGUCUCACGGUGCUUCCCGACAGCCCAGCCUAGUCAGAUUAAGGAGCUCAAUAGCGGCCUGGACCCGACGAUAUCUCCUACCAGAAUGCCUUGUCUCUCUCUUUGGGCACACAACCCGUCUACAGGUCGUCAUCCUGGCAACAUUGGUGGCCUAUCUAACGGUGUGGACUUUCGUCGGCAUCGUGUACAAGACGUGGAUCACCCCGGUCAAAAACUUGCCCAACGUCCAUAACACUCGGACUAGCCUUGGGCCGUGGGCCGAUCGCGUUGGAGUCCUCGCUUAUGCCCUCACGCCUCUAUCGAUUCUUCUCUCUAGCCGAGAGUCGAUCUUGUCGCUCAUCACCGGCGUCCCCUAUCAGUCGUUUCUUUUCCUUCACCGUUGGACGGGCUACAUCAUCCUGACCCAAUCUGUUCUGCACACGAUCGGCUGGACUAUCGUUGAGGCACGCCUAUAUCAGCCGCAGCCAAAGGUAUGGAACGAGUUUGUCUCUCAACUUUACAUCAUCUGGGGAUGGGUCGGGCUAGGGCUGCUCCUCCUGCUGUGGCUACUCACGCUUCCCUGGGCUAUUCGCACGCUCGGCUACGAGUUCUUCCGCAAAGCUCACUACGUGCUGGCCAUGGUGUACAUAGGAGCUGUCAUUGGCCAUUGGCAGGCGCUGCAGUGUUACCUCAUCCCAGGUCUAGCCCUGUGGUUCAUUGAUAGGACCGUCCGCCUGGUUCGUACCGCGAUGCUGCAUUAUCAGUACUUGCCGAAGAAGCGACGCAUGGGAUUCGCGGCUGCAGACGCCGCCGUGACGAUCUAUGAAGAUAAGGAGAGCGGCGAUGUCAUUCGACUUGACUUCUCCCAGUAUCAAAGGCCAUGGAGGAUCGGUCAACACUACUACCUUUGCUUUGCCGAGAGCAGUAUAUGGCAGUCACAUCCAUUCACGCCUUUGAAUGAUCCCACAGUCACCCACGGUACCGUCUCGCACUCAUACAUCUUCAGAGCAAAGACUGGAGAAACACGAAAGAUUGCCGAUCUUGUCCUGGCAAAGGCUCUCGGCGGCGGCACUUCGGUUGAGCAACAGCCAGCCCCUGUUACCACUCCUGUUAUCCUCAGCGGAGCGUAUGGGCAGGGCAUCAGUGAGGAUCUAUCCCCCACAGACAAUGUUCUCUGCGUCGCUGGAGGAACAGGCAUUACGUUCGUGCUGCCCGUACUUCUGCGACUCGCGAAACAAGCUCCACGGAGCAACACGAAGAUCGAACUGAUCUGGGCCGUGCGCAGAGAGUCGGAUAUUGGCUGGAUCGGGGCGGAGCUUGGUAAAUUGCGAGAUACUCUGGGCCAACAGCGCGGCGUCAAACUUCACGUUUUUGUCACUCGGGAGCCUGUGGUCGAGAAGAUGGUGAGCGGAAAGUUCAAUAGCAGAGCAAGUACAGAUGUUAAGUCGACCCCUGUGGACAUUUCGGCUUCAUCGAAUGCAUCAGCUCCAUCCUCGGAUGGAGCUGACGAGCCCCGUCUCUCCAUCUCUCAUCCUGUCACUACGCAAACGCCCCAAAGCCGUCGUCCAGACCUACGAGAGGAGGUUGAUCGAUUCGUGUCUUCUGUUGAAUCUGGGCCUACUGUCGUCUUUGCCAGCGGUCCGAUGAGUAUGAUUCAGCACCUGCGUGGAGCAGUCGCUGCCAAGAACAAUGGCGGUAGAGUCUGGAAAGGAGAGACGCAGUGUGACGUCCGUCUGGUCUGCGAUGAUAGGAUAGAGUGGUGA